AUGGAUAAAGGUAAGGAGCAUGCAUCUCCUAUAACAUCUCCUACCGCAGAGCUAUCAUCUAAUCCAUCAACCCAGGUGAUACCAAGACCAUUUUAUCCAUUUGGAUCAAUGUCGCCUACUGCAAAUCCAUCAACCAAUCUAGCAACCCAGGUGAUACCAAUACCAUUUUAUCCGAAUUUAACAAAUUAUAUGCAUGGUUGCCAUCCACCAAUGCCACAUGCAUGGUAUCCACCAUUUGUUCCUCGUCCUGAUGCCAACCCAUCUACAUGGACUAAUGAGGGAAAUCUGUUGCCCCCAUUUCAGUCAUCAGUUAACCCUUCGAUGGAAGUACACUCCGCUAGUUCAAGCCAUGUAGAUGAAAUUCAAGAGAUCACACCUGACUCUACUCCCUCUGGUCAAUAUACUGUUGAAUCAAAUGAGAAGAUUGGGUCUGGGCCACAAUCUUCCGGGCAUACUGAAGGGGUUGAUAUCAUUCAAGAGCCGAAGGUCGGGAUGGUGUUUAAAGAUGAAGAGGAGUUAAAUUGUUAUUAUAAAAGAUAUGGGCAAGAAUGUGGUUUUGGGAUAAUGACACAAAGGAGUCAUAGGUUUGAGGAUGAGAGCAUCAAAUAUGUCACAUUGGGUUGUGCUCGUGGUGGGAAGGCACGAAACCGAACGUCAAAUGUCACAAGGCCACGUCCGACAUCAAAGACAGACUGUAAAGCAAGGAUAAAUGCUAUGUUCAUUGAUGGGGUGUUGAAGGUGUCAACUGUUAACAAUUCUCAUAAUCACGGCCUCAGUCCACAAAAGGCAAGGUUCUUUCGCUGCAAUAGAGAAGUAAGCGAGUCUGUUAAAAGAGUGUUAGAUACAAAUGAUCAGGCUGGGAUCAGAAUGAACAAGAGUUUUGCCGCUCUUGUCCAAGAAGCAGGUGGGUUUGAGAACUUGCCAUUCAAUGAAAAAGACUGUCGUAAUUACAUUGAUAAGGCACGCCACCUUCGACUUGGGAAAGGUGGCGCUGGAGCCCUCCGUGAGUAUUUUGCCCGGAUGCAAUACAAGAAUGAUGGUUUUUUUUCACUAAUAGAUAUGGAUGAUGACGGGCGGUUGAGGAAUGUUUUCUGGGCGGAUGCAAGAAGUAGGGCAUCCUACAAAUAUUUUGGAGAUGUCAUUACAUUCGACACCACAUAG